AUGUACAACAUCCUCCUCCACAUUGAAGUCGUCCUCGUCGUCCGAAUAAACCACAUGUCCGGGUUCGAGUCCGACGUCGAUCUCUUCGGUGAGGGAGAGCGGGUGGGCGGUUCUGGAGGAAAACUCGUGUCGUCUGCAGCACUGUGUUCUUCAUCACCCUCGAUAUCUAUCAUCAUCUCUUCAUCAUCAUUGUUAUCCGCCGCAAAGUAAUCUUCCGGUUCAAUGGUUUUGACCCGCU